AUGGCUCAGAAGGAGCCCCUGACGUCGGAGAAUGUGGCGAUUCCCAGCCAAGAAAACGCACCAGUUACCGCCGUGCCACCCAGCAAGGAUUUCAAUGAGACGGGCGAAUAUGUCACUCCCGAGGAGAUCGAAGUGGCGCCAGUGCCGGAAAACGAGACGCAGGGGACGGAGCACCACUCCGGUCCGAGAGGUUUUCCAGGUCUUCCAGGUCCUGCUGGCCCAGUGGGGCUACUUGGCUUCCCAGGGCCACCAGGUCCGCCCGGCCCCCCAGGUGAAUUGGGGAACAGUGGCCUGGUUUUCCAGGGAGAAAAGGGAGUGAAAGGAGAUGUGGGACUCCCAGGCCCUGCUGGACCUCCACCUUCCACUGGGAUUUUGGAAUUCAUGGAGUUCCCCAAAGGACAACGAGGAGCAAAAGGAGUCCCAGGCCCCGAAGGGUUUCCUGGUCCACAAGGAUUUCCUGGUCCUCCAGGUAUUGAUGGUUUUGGCGAGAAAGGAGAAAAAGGUGUCCCUGGAUUGCCUGGAGCCAGGGGAGACAUGGGGCUGAAAGGCUUGGACGGGAGCCGAGGCGAAGAGGGCUCACCGGGUGAGCCAGGACUCCCAGGAAGAGAUGGUUCACCAGGAGGAAAGGGCGAUUUUGGUGAUAUUGGUCCUCCAGGUCCUACGGUUAUUAUUGAUGAAGAAGGCAUCGUAAUUUCAGGUCCUCCUGGAGAACCUGGGACUCCGGGAAUCCUUGGUGCUAGAGGCGACGAAGGGUCCGUUGGGAUGGUAGGCCUUCCUGGUCCACCAGGUUAUUCUUCGCCUUUUCCAGGACCUCCAGGUUCAAGGGGAUUCCCAGGAGUUGCAGGAACUAAAGGAGACCAAGGAGAUCCAGGCAGGUCGACGAUUGGAUUGCCUGGUCCACCUGGCAGAGAUGGCACUCCAGGUUUUCCAGGGCCUCCAGGACUUCCUGGUCCAUCACUUUCUGAUUUGAGACCAGAUGGCAUCUUUAGUGGAGAACCCGGAGAGCCAGGGACACCUGGGCCGAGAGGACCACCGGGGACAUUCGGUCCAAAAGGGUUCAAAGGCGAAGGAGGCGACUGUGCCUGUGAUGGAGGAUUGACAGGAUAUGGCCUAAAGGGAGAGCCAGGUUCACCUGGCCAGCCAGGAAGACCAGGAGAAUUUGGGCCAAAAGGCCCUUUGGGAGACCCAGGAAUUGGGGAACCAGGCCCACGUGGGCCACCAGGUUUCGUUGGUCCACCUGGUCCUUCAGGUCUCAAGGGACAGAAAGGAGAACCACUCUUAGCAUCAGGCGAAGGCCUCCGGGGAGAUCCAGGGAAUCUCGGUCUCAGGGGUCCUUCAGGCGUCCCGGGAAUUCCUGGUCGGGAUGGUUCUCCAGGUUUCCCAGGCCCACCUGGUCUUCCGGGCGAUGGAGUCUUUGGCUACCCAGGGGAGAAAGGCUUGCCAGGAUUACCUGGGGCCAAGGGCCGGAGAGGUGAGGUUGGUCUUCCGGGCGUUGGGUUUCCCGGAUCAAUUGGAGCUCGCGGGCCUCCGGGCGAACCAGGAUUAGAUGGGUUUCCAGGACAGCCUGGUCUUCCAGGUCCUCCAGGUGAUUGCUGCUGCAGUGAGGAGGUUGGGAAUGGAAUCUUAGACGCUGAGGGAGGUAUAACGUUGCCCUGUGUCAUUCCGGGAGCGUUUGGUCCACCCGGGCUUCCAGGGGCUUCGGGAUUUCCAGGACCCAAGGGGAGCAGAGGUCUCCCAGGUAUUCCCGGUCAGCCGGGAUUCAAUGGCAUGAAAGGACAGAUGGGCAUACCAGGAUUGAUCGGCCUUCUAGGAAUGCCAGGUUUUCCAGGUAUUCGUGGCGAUCCAGGGAUAUCAGGACUUCCUGGAACUGAUGGGACAGAUGGCUUACCAGGGAAAUCAGGUCCUCCUGGAUUUCCUGGAGCAAAGGGCCCCCGUGGAGAAGUCUUUGGGGCUGAAAGUGGAGCACGGGGUGAACCCGGGAGAAACGGAAUACCAGGGGAUAAAGGUUUUGCGGGGGAUCCAGGCCUUCCAGGACCAAAAGGUUUGGAUGGGAGGCCAGGCCUACCAGGCAUCAAAGGAAUGGCCGGUGAUCCAGGUCAAGCAGGUUUUCCUGGGCUGCCAGGACCUCCGGGCCCCGUAGGGCCACUUGGCAUCAAGGGAAAAGCAGGUCCAGGUGGAGUCGUUGGCUUCCCGGGAUCCCAAGGGCUUCCUGGAGAAAAGGGCAAAAGUGGAGAUCCCGGUCCACCUGGUCCUGCCGGCAUGAAGGGUUUCCCGGGUCUCAAUGGUCUUCAAGGGGCUCUCGGGGAGCAAGGAUUUCCUGGAUCGCCUGGCAUUUCGGGUCCAGAUGGAAACCCAGGUUUCCUUGGACCUAAAGGAGAAAAGGGCUCGGCGGGUGUGAUUGGCUUCCCUGGCAUGCCAGGUCUUCCUGGAAUCGCUGCGGUCGACGGUCCAAAAGGAAUCCCUGGAGAACCAGGAAGAGAGGGGGGCAUCGGAUUCCCAGGACUCCCUGGCCUGAAAGGAGACAGAGGUAAUCCCGGACCACCUGGACCCCCUGUUUUCACAGCACCAGAACUGUCUCUUGUCCUCAAGGGAAACAAAGGAGAGCCUGGCUCAUUUGGACUUUUAGGAUUUCCAGGACCAAGAGGGGACAAAGGACUUCCUGGGCCCCGGGGCCAACCUGGCUUUCCAGGAAUAGCGGGGUUGCCAAGCACAGAGGAAGGUCUACCUGGAGACUCGGGUUUCCCAGGACCAUCUGGCCCUCCCGGUUUUCCAGGACAGAAGGGCGUUCCUGGCAUUGUAGGGUUCCCAGGGAUGCCUGGGGAAAGCGGUGCUGAGGGUAUACCAGGGUCACCUGGAUUCCCAGGAAUGAUGGGAUUGCGAGGUUCAAAGGGUGACCGAGGGGAAUCGAUAGGAAUCCCAGGAGGAGUAGGAGCUAAAGGAGAACAAGGAGAUCCCGGGCUUCCAGGUCCAAGAGGUUUUGAUGGACCAAAGGGAGAUGACGGAUUCCCAGGAAACCCUGGGGUCAAAGGGCAGAAAGGUGUUAUUGGAAACUUCGGCCAAGAAGGACCACCAGGUCUCCCCGGAAAUGGGAUUUCAAGGGGCAGCCCCGGCUUCCCAGGUCUCCCAGGGCAGCGUGGUUCUUCCGGGCGUCCAGGGCUUCCCGGCAGCCCAGGACUGAAAGGAUUCACUGGUCCUCCAGGUCUGACUGGUCUUUAUGGCUUACCAGGCACCAAGGGUUCAGUUGGAACACCAGGCUCAAGUGAAAUUGGACUUCCAGGCCCUGCGGGGCUUCCGGGCACCAAAGGACAGCCAGGACUUCCGGGAUUUCAGAUUGGGGUCCCAGGGUUUCCGGGACAGAAAGGAAUGGCAGGGGAAAUGGGUCGCCCCGGAGCCAUGGGCCCACCAGGUUUGCAAGGUCCUCCUGGCGUCUCCUUUCUGUCGGCAAUUCCUGGAAGACCUGGUGAUGCUGGACAACCUGGAGAGGACGGCAGACCAGGCUCCCAAGGACCCCCCGGUCCCAAAGGACUCCCAGGUCCGGCUUCUAAUCAGGGGGACACAGGGACCCCCGGUUUCCCUGGUCCUCCUGGUUUUCUGGGCCCCAAAGGUGAUACGGGCUUCCCUGGUCUCAAUGGCGUUCCAGGAGCAUCAGGAUUCAAAGGCUUCAAAGGGGAGCCUGGCGGCAUGGGAAUGCCAGGCAAAGAUGGCCUUCCAGGUGAUCCAGGUUUCCCCGGUCCGAAAGGUGAAACUGGACGUCGAGGCUUUCCUGGUCUUCAGGGAGCUCCAGGUCUGACCCAGAAACCAGAAGACAUCAAGGUGCCGUCUGGGUUAAUGGGACUUCCAGGGAUCGAUGGCAACCCAGGGUUAAAUGGAGAUCCAGGAUUCCAGGGGGCCAUCGGCCAGCAAGGUCCCAAAGGGAUGCCAGGUAGACCUGGCCAAAUGGGUACCAAUGGCUUCCCCGGUUCACCUGGCCCGGUUGGUGACCCAGGUUCUCCAGGCAACCUUGGACCCCUGGGCUUUGAAGGUUCACCUGGGAGGCCAGGGCCUCCGGGAUUACCAGGGAUGCCGGGGCGCAGCAUUGGCGUGGGCUACACCUUGGUGAAACACAGCCAGUCGGAGCAGAUCCCUCCAUGCCCUGUGGGGAUGAGCAAGCUCUGGGAAGGAUACAGCUUGCUGUAUGUGGAGGGCCAGGAGAAGGCCCACAACCAAGACCUGGGCUUUGCUGGCUCCUGCCUGCCCCGCUUCAGCACGAUGCCCUUCAUGUACUGCAACAUCAACGCGGUCUGCUACUACGCCAGCCGCAACGACAAGUCCUACUGGCUCUCCACCACGGCUCCCAUCCCCAUGAUGCCCGUCGGCAGCUUCCAGAUCGCCCAGUACAUCAGCCGCUGCUCCGUCUGUGAGGCCCCUUCCCAAGCGGUGGCCGUCCACAGCCAAGGCAGCAACAUCCCCCAGUGUCCCGAAGGUUGGCGCAGCCUCUGGAUUGGCUACUCCUUCCUGAUGCACACGGCAGCUGGAGCCGAGGGGGGCGGCCAGUCGCUGGUCUCCCCGGGGUCCUGUUUGGAGGAUUUCCGCGCCACCCCUUUCAUCGAGUGCAACGGGGCCCGGGGCACCUGCCACUACUUCUCCAACAAGUACAGUUUCUGGCUGACAACUGUGGAACCAACCCAACAAUUUGUGGAAGCUCCCAUCUCGGAGACGCUGAAGGCCGGGCAGCUCCGGAUGCGGGUGAGCCGCUGCCAGGUCUGCAUGAAGAACUUGUAGCCAAGGACCCGAACCCAGCCGAAGCCCACCCUCCUCCCCCCGGGACUUUGGGGUCUUCUUUAUUGGAAGGCCAGAAUCCUUUUAUCUAUCAUCACAGAACAUGGUGCUAUACGUUUUCCCCUUCUCUCGUUUUUGUAUUCAUGGCUACCUCAGAGUCUUUUCUCUGCCUUCCGGGGUGCCACCUUUGUCCUCUUUUUAACACGCCGAACCACGUUUAAUACAAUCACCUGACUUUGGGAGAAUGUUAGUCUCUCAUACCUAUCACCCUUUAGGACUUUAUGGAUUGAGACAUUUGCAAAAAAAAAAUUCAGAUGUAACUGAAGCUAAGAAAAAAUAGUGCAGUAAGUAAGUACAUGAGAACGUUUGGUUCCAUGGAUGCUGGAGUCAAGUCCAAGUCCCAUCACAUGCCAUUUUUAUAUGACACAGCCAUUGUAAACCAAGGGGAAAUGAGUGGUUUGACUCUGCCAGCAUUAGCUUCAUGCAAUUUUAGUAUAUAUAUUUUAAGAUGCUACGUUUGAACGUGCCCAGGAUGAAUUUGGGAUGAAGACUCCAAUUUUUUAAGAUCACUUUUUGUGCCUUGAUUUGCUUUCACAAGCUCUCUGCAUUCCUUGUAUUUUAAAAAAUUUCUUAUCUUGUACUUUCUGAGACAAUUUACCUGCUUUAAUGUUCUCUGAAACUGACUUAGAUACCGCUUGUGGGGUAAGUAUUACUCCCAUGUGCUUAAAGGGCUGCUUUUUCUUCCUUUGGAAUAUUUUCUACAUCAUGCAAUUCUAAUCAUUUGCAACCAGCAAGUGGGUUAUACAAGAAACCUUGAUUUGUGACUCAACGAAUGUGCAAACUGUGACAUAGGUAUUGUCUAGAGUCCAGUUAUGGGCAAACCAAGGCCUAGGGGCUAAAUGUGGCCCCUUGGGCUCUUUUCUCAGGCCCUCCUCUCUCUCACCAUCCUAUCCCUCCUUCUCUCCUUCCUUCCCUUCCUCUUUCUCCUUCCCUUCCAGCCUUUCAUCUUUCCUUCCUUCUCUCUUUCCUUCCUCCUUUCCUUCCCUUCCCUUCCUACCUUCCCGUACACCAUUUCGUCCUUCCUUCCCUCCCUUUUGUCUUUCCUCCCUUCUCUCUUUCCUUCCUCCUUCCUUUUCCUUCCACCCUUUCGUCCUUCCUUCCCUCCCUUUUGUCUUUCCUUCCUUUUCUCUUUCCUUCCUUGCCUCGUUCCCUUCCUUCCUUCCCUCUUUAUCCUUCCAUCCUUCCCUUCCACCCAUCCUUCCUUCCCUUUCCUUGCUAUCUCCUUUCUCCUUCCUUCCUUCC